CAGCGAGUGAGGACAUUCCUUUGCUGUCUGUGGACAACAGGUUUUGUUUAAGGUCGACGUGACGCAGAGAACUGGAGCGAGACAAAAGCUCCGCAUCAGAAUCUUUUAUUUUUUGCUAAAUAUUAUUGUAUAUUGUAAUUUUUGAUCUAUAAUCUUGAAGACUUUGAGAUUAGUAUGGCUAAUUUAAGGAAGAAUCUAUGGAUGCUCUAUGAGACGGAGGUUCAAUAUUGCAGAUUUCGUGAUCCAGCGUCUGGUGCCAGUCCUGCAGAGAAACUCGACCUCGAGCUGCUCCAGCGACUCCUGGACGCGUUCAAGUCUCCAAAAGCUGGAGUCCAGUCAAACAUGUCGAAAGGAAGGAGCGGCGGUCCAGACCAAGAGUCUGGAAUGAAGCUGGAAGAAUUCAAGAAGUCACUGAGUUCUGAAGACUUAUGGGUGGAAAAACUGUUCAGCGAGAUUGACAUCAGCCGCUCUGGGGAAGUAACAUGGCAGCAGCUGUGUUCUUAUUUACUUCAAGAGUACGAAGAAAGACAGCGAGCGUCCAAUCCCCGAGCUGCUGUGCUGGACGUCCAUCCACAGUUCACACACUGCUCCCAGAACAAGCGGGAGCCAACGGUCCGAAUCCUUCCCAUUUCCCAGCAACCUCCACUCCGCUACGUCACUGUCAGUACAGGAGGUCACAUCACCGUCUGGAGCAGCAGCCUGCGCAUCCUCAAAACCUCCACGAUAUCCGGAGAUCCGGCUCACUCGAGCGGGUUCAGAGGCCGGGUCACCGACGCUGCCUACAUGAGAGGCUGCCACAGGGUUGCCAUGGUGACGGACCACGGGGAUGCACACUUUAUCAGAGUUUCUCCGACUGACGUUUUUGAGGAUGUCCAUCUUUUUGGGUUCCACUGUGCUCUCACAGCGGUUUGUUUUGGGUUUGACUCUCAGCGCCCCCCACUGCUGCUCCUGGGGGAUGAAAGAGGAGGAGUUCACUUGAUGUGGUUUCUGAACGUAUCUAAAGGCCUUUUUAAGAAAGCAUCCAAGAAAGAAAAAGGCCCACGAAGAAUACUUUUCUCAGACCUUGAUGAACACGACCACAUGGUCUCCUAUCGUCACAUCGCCAACAUCCACAGAGACGCGGUCAACCGGCUGAUGUUUGACCCCGGUGCUGAUGUCAUCAUGACCUCGUCGGAGAGCGAAACCUCGUCUGUGGUCUUUACGAAGGUGUCAGUGAAGCAGGAGACAUAUAUUUGGAAAUUUAGCCAGGGAGCAUCCUGCUUUGACUACAGCUCCUCUCUGCAGCUGUUGGUCACGGGAGGUAAGGACAGAAAAAUCCGACUGUGGAGCCGCUACGUGACCUUUAGCCCUUUAGCCGCGCUGCAGGGUCACCGGGCCUCCGUGAUGGAUGUUGCAAUCUAUCCGGCUGUUGGGCAGGUCUUCAGCUACUCCAGAGACUCUGAGCUGAGGGUUUGGGACGUUUCCACUCACGACUGUCUAAAAACGAUCCGGCUGCAGUUUCCAUGCGUGCAGCCCGGUCGCAUCCCCGAACACGCCGCUUUUCCCUUCCUGCUGCUGAGCCCCCCUUUUCCUCCUCAUUUGGUCGUGUGCUGCAAAGACUACCUGGCUCGCUUCCGCUUGGCUAAAAACGGAAGCAGAGUGGGCGGCUGCUUGACAGCUGAGGGACGGGAAUUUGGAGGAGAAAGUUCUGGAUCCGUCUCCUGUGCUCUGUACAACCCCGCCCUGCGGCAGGUGGCGACGGGACACGCCGACUCGUCCGUGCGUCUGUGGGACGUCCAGACCGGGAGGACGAGUCUCUGCAUUUUCAAUGCUCACGGGGAGAAAAGCAUCACCAGGAUGGAGCUGGACUCCUCCCACAGGAAGCUGAUUACCGCCGCAUCCAACGGCACCAUUAAGGUGUGGAAUCUACUCAACGGCCAUAACUUGCUCAAGCUGGAGCCUUUUUCCAACUCAGAGGUCACUGGCCUGGCCUGUCUCCAUGACGACCAGCUGCUUGCAGCAGGAUGGAGCCGGCGGAUCGUUCAGUACGACAUUGCAAAAGCCACGGACUCUGAAGUGAACGUAAAGAUCUCCUGGGAGGUUUCCAAGUCCAACAUCGUGACUAUGAGUCUGUGCGCUUCUCUGGGACUUGUUGCUACUGCAAGUCAUGAUGGAGAAAUCCUAAUCUGGAGAACAGACACACAGAAGCCUUUGCUUCACAUACGCAAUGAAACACAAGAAAAGCUCCUGGUGGACGGCCUCCUCUUCCUCCAGCGUCGAUCUACAAACGAGGAGUUCCAAACUGAAGCCGUGCUCGUGUCCUCACAGGCUGGCUGUGUGUGCUUCCGCAGCAUCACCGCACAAAACGAUAUUUACGGAAAAUUCUACGCUCCGGAGCAACUAGGCCAACGUGUGCUCAGUCUGAGCUCAGAUCAGAAUAAAAACAGCAUCCUGGUCUCAGGCGACUCAACAGGCUGCCUUCAGAUCUGGGACAUUUCUUCCUUUGCUCUGGAACAUGAGUCAUUUUCAGAGAAACCUCCUCUCCUUCAAAGAUGGACGGCUUCCAGAACGCCGUUGAGACACGUUGAGGUUCUGGAAGUAGCUGACAGGCUGUUCAUCCUCACAGCAUCAGAUGAUGGUUCUGCUGGACUCUGGACGACAGGCGGCGAGUUAGUGGGUCAUUUUGGGCAGAAGAUGAUGUGGAAUAUCACAGAUUCAGCCACCUUUCUCGGGUAAUGGAAGCAGGAUGCUGCGGUUCACCUUUAAUGAUGGUAAAAAAAAGACAAAACACUCCACCGUAUGGUGUUUUGGAACGUGACCUUUUAAUAAAUAUGUAUAUUUAAAAAAAUAAACCUUAUUUUAAAGCA